AUGGCAGUAGAUCUGUCAUCUGACUGUGAGUGUCCUAACUGUUUGGAGGGUGUUCACAGUGACACUGACUGGAAUCUUGAUUCCAGCAACAGAAGUAAUGGCUCUUUGCAUUCUAGAUCAAGGAAGAAAUCCAUGCCUUCUCCCAGCACAGAGCAAUUUCUUUCUCAAUGUUAUUCUCCCAGACUGGAGAAUAACCACAAGGAAGAUUUAGUGUUUGUUCCCUCAGAGGAGGAAAGCUAUGUGGGGUUUUCUCAAAAAAGUUUUCACAGUCUGAGCCCUGACGAUAUCAAAAAGAAAAUCAGGCCAUUGGGAGAGCUGACAAUCCAAGACUUACUGAGGGAGUUUGGGGUUACUGGGAAGUUCCGGCCAAACUCCAUGUCCUUGGGACACUUUAGAGAUCAGGUGGUUAUGAAGUUCAGGCGAGCUCUCUAUUACUCUGGAAUCUGGGUGAAAUACGUCCGAGGCUACAGACUUGAAAAGCACUUUUCAGCUAAUUAUUUCAAAAAAAAUCCAGGUAGCCUACAUCGGCUGGUUCCUUGGCUGAAACGGGAACUAACAGCUGUUUAUGGAGAUUAUGGCUACACAGUGAAAAAUAUUCUAGAUGCCAUCCUCCAUCUCAUGAAAGAAUAUGAUUUAGACAGUGAAUCCUUCAUUCACCUUCUGGAGCCCUAUCUCCUACAACAUACCCACCACUUCCUGCAUGAGUUUAUCAGUUUUGUUCAUUCACCUUAUAACAUGGAAACCUAUGACCGGCGAGCCAUCUAUCAAUGUCCUUCUGCUUCAACAUGGGUGAGAAACAAGUCCAUUGUUUCAGCUCCAGUUCUGCUUAAGAACUAUGCUGCAGCCACAUCUCAGCAUGACACAGAGCACUCUAAUGAUACCCAGGUUCAAUGGGAUAAUGAGGAGAGGCCUCAGUCUGACUUGAAGCAGUUUUCAAAUAGUAACUCUGCUUUGAAAAAAUCUAAAAUCCCACUAGCCCAUCAUAAAACAGCAAGCAAAAUCCAUGUUUCGACCAAAGACAAGCCAGAAUCAGAUGAUCACAAAAGUACAGUUUCUAGUAAUAAUAUUCUCCUGAAUAGGUCUCCACCAAAGGAAAGAGGUCCAGGUGUACUGAAUUGCAAAAAAUAUGCUCAAGAGGAAAAGACAGAAGAGAUAAAGUUACUUCCUGGUUAUGUCCAGGAUCUGCAAAUGAGUGAAACAACUGUCUGCACAUUCAGGAACCCAGCAAUUUCAAAUCAGGUGCAACCUCAGAAAUAUGAUCUAAGAGAAGAAAGGCCUUUGAACAGUGGCAAGAAGAUACAUUUCCAGGCAAAAGAAGCAGAAAAAAACAAACAUUCAGAAUCACCAAAUUUUUUUCAAAGAUUGCCCAGAGGAAGAUCCUUGGUAAGUUGCAAAUCCAGAGAGAGAGACCCCUCUUGGAGUUGUAUCUCAGAAAAUGCCCUUUCUCCUAAGAAAGAUGGUAGAAAGUUGAGUUCUUACAGAAAAAAGAGGACAAAGAGCAGAGAGUCUCUCCAAUUUGUAGAAAUUGGCUCACAGUCCAGUGGAAGAACCCGAAGGCGAUCAAGAUCCACUUCUUACAGAUCCAAAUCCUGGUGUGUUGGACCUAGAAAGAGAUCUGUAAGCAGAGAUUUGAGUAAUCUUAAUCUGAGUGGUAGUCACAGAAGGGAACGCUUAACCCAGUUAUGUUGUGAGCCUUCAAAAGAAAAUGUGUAUGGCCAAGGGUCAAACUAUGAGAGGGCAUCUUUGUCCCCACUCCAAUUUGUGAAGCUUCCUUCAACUACUAGGAAGAGGCCCAACUGGCAUUCUAAAGAUGAAGGGGCUUCCCAAACCAGAAGCCACUGUGGCAGCCUCACAGGCCUACAGACUGAGAAACACAGAAACCCAAGUAAACAGGAGAUGAAGCAAAAGAACAUGUUUCCUAGAGUGAGAAGAACCAGAGCAGUUAGGCAGAAAAAAACCAAAUGCCAAUUUACAGAUAUGCAAACCAAGGAGAAAUUCAGUGAUGAAUUGUGGGAUCUGGAUGAUAUAAGGCAAAUGAGAAGUCUUUCUGAAUGUGCCCCUGCCUGCAGGAGGCAAACUGAAAGAGAACAGAAUUCAAGUCUUCAGAAACAUCACAGAGCCAAGAAUGAAUGCAGAAGAGACAUAGUAUCAGGGACAUAG